AUAGAUGGAUGCCAUAAAGCAUAAUUGCCGUUAUAAAAUAGCGCGAAAUUACAUCCAAAGUCCUACACAAUUGACUAUCCAGGACUACAAUGUAACUCCCAGAACCCAAUCAAUGAAUAACAGAAACACCCAGUGGCUAUGGAGCACAAUAGAGAGAAAAUGCCAUGCUUUGCUCCAACAAAGGAACUCCAAAGCCACCCUUCUCCGUAUUCACGCGGUAAUGCUUCGAAACGCCGUUGAUAGUAACGUCAAUCUCCUCACCAAGCUCAUUUCCAGCUUCUCCGUCAGCGACCCAGUAGCUGGAAUCAGCCAUGGACGCCGCGUGUUCGACACAAGUCCCCAAAAGGACGACACUUUUCUCAGUAACACCAUGAUAAAGUCCCACAUGGGAGUUGGCCAAUUCGCCGAAUCAACACUUCUGUAUAGAGAUUUACUAAGACAUACUAGUUUUGAACCGGACAACUACACGUUUUCUAGCCUUUCCAAGUGUUGUGGUGCAAGAUUAGUGUUGUGGGAAGGCUUGGAAGUUCAUAAUCAUGUGUUGAAAUGUGGGUUUGUGUUGAAUUUGUUUGUAGCGACCUCCUUGGUUGAUAUGUAUGCGAAGCUUGGUGAAAUGGGUUUUGCUAGGAAGUUAUUCGAUGAAAUGCUUGAGAGAAGUUCAGUCUCGUGGACAGCUUUAAUUGGCGGUUAUUUGAAGUGUGGUUGUAUUGGUAUUGCUGAAGGACUUUUUGAUGCAAUACCUGAGAAAGAUGUAGCUGCAUUCAAUGUGAUGAUUGAUGCUUACGUGAAGAAAGCAGAUAUGGUGUCAGCAAAUACAUUGUUUGAGGCAAUGCCAGAGAGAAAUGUGAUUUCUUGGACUAGUAUGAUCGACGGGUACUGCAGUAAUGGUAACGUAAAUGAAGCCAGGGUGUUAUUUGAUGCAAUGCCGGUGAGGAAUUUGUUCUCUUGGAAUGCAAUGAUUGGUGGAUACUGUCAAAACAAACAGCCGCAAGAGGCUUUGAAAUUGUUUCACGAUUUGCAGAUGAGGACGACAUUGGAGCCGGAUGAUGUUACUGUUGUUAGUGUGCUACCAGCUAUUGCUGAUUUGGGUGCCUUAGAUCUGGGUAACUGGGUUCACCAGUAUGUGAAGAGGAAGAAAUUGGAUAGAUCUUCAAAUGUUUGCACUGCCUUAGUUGAUAUGUAUAGCAAGUGUGGGGAAAUUGCAAAAGCCAGGGAAUUUUUUGAUGAGGUAAAAGUAAAAGAGACAUCAAGUUGGAAUGCUUUAAUUAAUGGAUUGGCGGUCAAUGGAUCUGCUAAAGAAGCUUUGGGGGUGUUUGAGGAGAUGAAGAGUAAAGGAUACAAGCCAAAUGAGAUUACUAUGCUUGGUGUUUUGUCAGCUUGUAACCAUGGUGGAUUGGUGGAGGAAGGCAAGAAAUGGUUUAUGGCAAUGGAGAAUUAUGGGCUUACUCCGCAAAUUGAGCACUAUGGUUGUCUGGUUGAUCUCUUGGGGAGGUCAGGGUGUUUGGAGGAAGCCGAAAACUUGAUCGAAACCAUGCCUUAUGAGGUAAAUGGAAUAAUAUUGAGUUCCUUUCUAUUUGCGUGUGGUUAUGCCAAAGAUGUUACAAGGGCUGAGAAGGUCAAGAAAAAGGCAAUUGAGAUGGAACCGUGGAAUGAUGGAAUCUACAUUAUGUUGAGGAACUUGUAUGCCACCGACAAAAGGUGGAGUGAUGUUGAAGACAUUAAGGGGUGGAUGAGGAGAGAAGGGGCAAAAAAAGAGGCAGGUUGCAGUACAAUUGAAGUUAAUGGUAUGGUUUGGGAAUUUUUAGCUGGAGAUAAGAUACAUCCACAAUGUGAGGAAAUACGUCUUCUAUUGGAGCAUUUGCGGCUGUACAUGAGAGGUCAGGAUACACCUUAUAGUAAUGAUAUUGGAUUGGCUGAAUUUUGAAUGACGACUAUCUUGCCAAUACUACAUGUGUUUCACAGCUUGUAUAUACUGGUGUUUCCCCUCAUAUCUCAGAUGUCAGCCUUGAGGUUAACGAAUAACAUGGACGACAAUGUCAAUCAAGAUGGGCACAAAGACCACAACCUAUAAGGAGACAUGAUAAACACCCUUGCCUUCCCGAAAACGGUGCGGUACUAAUGUAUUGAAUUGAUUCUUUGUUAAGAGUGUAAUUUAUAAACUAAAGUUGUGAACCAUAAGAAGAGCCUCAGACUGAAGAUCAAGAGAAAACAGGUACUUGAAUGUCAGUGUUGGUUUGGAAUCAGAAAUGUCCGCUGCACAAGUAUGGUUCUUUUGGAAUUACUGUUGCAUGAUAAAGGCAGAGCGUCAUGCGGGAGUCUGUUGUGUAGAUUCCUGUUUAAGCUAAAGCUUGAUUGAAGUCAAGAAUCUACGCCAUGAUCUCCCACAUGAUGAAAGUUUGAAAUUUUAAUGUUGUUGGUUAGGAAUCAGAAUUGUCCCUGGCACAAGAUAUGGUUCUUUUGGGAUUACUGUUGUAUGGCAAAAUUUAGAGCAUCAUGUGAGAGCCCAUCGUAUAGAUUCCUGCUUAACUCCAAGCUAAAUCUUGAUGAAAGUCAGGAAUCAGAUAUAGCAAACCAAUGGAAAGUAGUUACUGGAUUCUUUGCUUGUACACAUCACCUAGACAGACAACAAGCCAUUCCUAGUCUUUCUUUCUCUUUCUUUAUAUACUUUCAUUGAAUCUAUUUGUUCAUAUUGGCAAAGAUGGGUCUAAUCAUGAGCUUCAUGGGAAAAGGAUUGCCAACACAGCUUAUAAGUAAGGUGACGGGAAAAUUUCACGAGUCUUUCGUGGAUAAAAAUAUCACGGAUUUUGAAGGGUUCCAUCUGGCAAUUCUUGACAUGUUCGUCACUGUGAAUGGUGCAUUGCCUGGUAAGCACUGGAUUGUGCCUUCGCGUGACAAAAUCGAGGAGUGUUUUAAGGAAUGGAAGCAACUCGAUGAAGAAGGCAAGAAGAAGAAGGUCCUAGAGUUCAUGGAGAAGAACAUAAAACUAAACAGGUUAGAUCAGACUGCGCUCAUCAUUGGGCUGGCAACACCACCUGCAUCAAUGGCAGCCAAGAGAGCCGGUGAAGGUGUGCCUCAGCUCAAAUUUAUUAAAUCCAUUCCAGACGUGCUGUUUGUACCUGCUGCUACAUUGGUUGCUCUUGCAUCAGUUAAACUUUCCAGAAAGAUAUUCCUCCAACACGCAGCAUCUGAAGACCGUCUAAUUGAAAACCAUCCUGGAACAUCGAAUUCUUAAGCUUCGAGAUGAAAAUUUUCAAUUGGUAUACAAGUUUGUUUAACUGUUAUUUCAACCAUUCUUACCAGUCAAAUGUAACAAAGAAACAUCACAUUUGACAUGCAUAUAACAGUUGGAGAUAAUCAAUAAACCAUGCACAUUUUAUGUA